AUGACCGCUGAGUCAGACACCACGGUCUCGUCGUCAGCCCAAUUCCCGGAGAAACUCAAAGGGGUUAGCCUCCGUUAAAAUGAGGUCAUGGUAUCUUUUGAUGUUACAUCCCUUCUUCUAUUCCUUAGGACCUGGCGAUCGAGACAAUCGAGUGGCUUCUACAAAGCAAAUACGAUGAAACGGAGAAAAGUCUUGGACACGCCCAAAUCCUCCAGCUCCUAAAGUUCUGUCUCAGGACGUACUUCAUGUUCGACAGGACAAUUUACGAACAGGUGAAGGGCACACCAAUGGGUUCGCCGAUUUCGGGGUUCAUCGCCGAGGCGGUCCUGCUACGGUUGGAGUCGCUGGUCUUCCAACUCCACAAACCGAAGUUCUGGGCCCGGUAUGUGGAUGAAACCUUCGUCGUUAUCGACCGGGAUCAACUGGUGACAUUCAAGGAACGUCUGAAUGCGGUCUUUCAGGCCAUACAUUUUACGAUGUAG